AUGAGUGACCUUUUCGCUGCCGCUCCAGAACCGCCCACUGAGUUGGGUCGGUAUCGAGUUCUAUCUCCCACCGCGGGCGUCCGAGUGUCGCCCUUAUGUUUGGGUGCUAUGUCUCUUGGAGAUGCCUGGAGCAAGGACCUGGGCAGGAUGAAUAAAGAACAAUCCUUCAAACUCCUGGACGCCUAUUUCGAGGCCGGUGGGAAUUUCAUCGACACCGCUAACAACUAUCAAAACGAACAAUCGGAGAAGUGGAUUGGUGAAUGGAUGGCGGAGAGGAAGAAUCGAGAUCUCCUGGUCAUUGCUACCAAAUAUACCACACCCUACCGAAGCUGGGAGCUCGGUAAGGGUAAGACGGUCAACUACUCCGGGAACUCUAAGAAGAGUCUGCACCUCUCAAUCAGAGAUUCGCUUGCGAAGCUUCAGACGGACUACAUUGACCUGCUGUAUGUUCAUUGGUGGGACUGGACAACCUCUAUUGAAGAAGUGAUGGACAGUCUCCAUCUUCUCGUGCAAUCCGGGAAAGUUCUCUACCUGGGAAUUUCCGAUACACCAGCGUGGAUCGUCGCGGCUGCAAACACCUACGCCCGCGCCCAGGGAAAGACCCCCUUCUGCGUGUACCAAGGCCAGUGGAACGUGUUGCAGCGUGAUUUUGAGCGCGAUAUCAUCCCCAUGGCCCGCCACUUCGGCAUGGCGUUGGCACCGUGGGACGUGCUCGGUGGAGGCAAAUUCCAGACCAAGAAGCAGAUCGAGGAGCGCAAGAAACAGGGCGAGGGACUCCGCAGCAUGUUUGGCAUGGGUGAGCAGACGCCCCAGCAGGAAAAGAUUUCAGCCGCGCUGGAGAAAGUCGCGCAGGAACACGGGGUCGAAUCGCUCAGCGUCAUCGCCCUCGCCUACGUGAUGCAGAAGACAAUUAACGUAUUCCCGAUCGUCGGCGGCCGCAAAGUCGAGCACCUGCAGGCCAAUAUCAAAUCCCUCUCGAUCAAGUUGACGGACGAGCAGAUCCAGUUUCUGGAAAGCCAGUCGGAAUUCAACCCCGGCUUCCCGUCGACGUUUGUGGGAGAGUCUCCGAGGGCGACCGGAAAGACGACAUGGAGCCUGUCGUCCAGUGCGCCGUUGGCGUGGACGACGCCGGAGAAACCUGCGGGGUGUUAG